AUGUUCACUGGAAAGUAUGACGAAAAAGAAAUUGAGCGUUUCUCCAUCGACGAUGGCAGCCAUUUCAGUAUCACAGGAGAAAUUCUCCCUUCUCUCGGCGCCACUCGCAGCUUUCACCGCAAUAGUGUUGGUCGAUUCGUUAUCUCCCCUUUUGAUCCUCACUACAGGACAUGGGAGGCUUUCCUCGUGUUCUUGGUUUACUACACAGCGUGGGUGUCACCGUUCGAGUUUGGCUUCCUAGUCCGCCCGAGUGGGUUGCUCACCAUCACCGACAACAUCGUCAACGCCAUCUUCUUCGUCGACAUCGUGCUCACCUUUUUCGUCGCGUAUCUUGACAAGACCUCGUACCUUAUCAUCGAUUCAAAGAAGGAGAUUGCUACGCGGUACGUCACGACUUGGUUCCUCCUCGAUCUCAUCUCCACGAUUCCAUCCGAGUUUGUUCGCGUGAUCUUGCCAAACAACCUUCAGUCCUAUGGCUACGUCAGUAUGCUCCGCCUAUGGCGUCUCCGACGAGUCAGUCGAUUCUUUGCUAGAUUGGAAAAAGAUAAGAAUUACAGCUAUUUCUGGACUCGUUGUGCGAAGCUCGUUUCUGUUACACUCUUCGUAAUUCAUAUGGCUGCAUGCAUCUUUUACCGUUUGGCUGCACAUUAUUUUAACCCCACGGAGACUUGGAUUGGAUCGGUUUGGGAAGAUUUUAAAACAGAGUCACUGUACUCUCAAUAUAUAAAGUCCUUGUAUUGGUCUAUAACAACAAUGGCUACAGUUGGAUAUGGUGACCUGCAUGCUGUGAACCCCAAUGAAAUGACGUUUGACGUGAUGUAUAUGUUGUUCAAUCUCGCGCUAACAUCCUACAUUAUUGGAAAUAUGACCAACUUGGUGGUUCAUGCGGCCACUCGGACCAGACAUUUUAGAGAUACAAUUCACGCUGCAUCAAGUUUUGCACAAAGGAAUCGUUUACCUGUUCGACUGCAAGAUCAGAUGAUUGCACACUUGACUUUAAAGUACAGAACAGAUUCAGAGGGACUGCAUCAACAAGAGGCCAUCGAUUCACUUCCCAAAGCCAUUCGUUCCAGUAUUGCAAACUAUCUAUUUUACUCACUCGUUGAUAGGGUGUACUUGUUUCGUGGCGUAUCAAAUGACUUGCUUUUCCAAUUGGUAUCAGAAAUGAAGGCAGAGUACUUUCCUCCCAAAGAAGAUGUAAUUUUACAGAACGAAGCACCCACAGAUAUGUACUUUUUGGUCUCCGGUGUUGUGGUAAGUACUUGUUCUCAUAAUCGAUGUUUGCUUACAAGAAAACAUGUGUAUUUGCAGGAGCAUAUUGUGCAUAAGAAUGCCAUAGAGCAUGUUGUUGGUGAGGCAAGGACUGGCGAUGUGGUUGGUGAGAUUGGAGUGCUAUGCUACAGGCCACAGUUAUUCACAGUUCGAACCAAAAGAUUAAGUCAGCUUCUACGUUUGAAUCGAACUUCCUUUUUAAAUCUUAUUCAAGCUAAUGUUGGAGAUGGGACAAUAAUAAUGAACAAUGUUCUUCAGCAUUUAAAGGAAAAUAAUGAUCCAAUCAUGCAAGAAAUUUUAUCAGAGACAGAGCACAUGUUGGCACAAGGAAGAAUGGAUUUGCCUCUUACUUUAUGUUUUGCAGCGACGAGAGGUGACGAUCUAUUGUUGCACCAUAUAUUAAAGCGUGGUUCAGACCCAAAUGAGGCUGACAAUGGUGCACGAACUGCAAUGCAUAUUGCUGCUUCAAGUGGUAAUGAUCAUUGUGUAGCCUUACUUCUGGAAUAUGGAGGAGAUCCUAACAAAAAAGAUUCUGAAGGAAACGUUCCAUUGUGGGAUGCAAUGCUUGGCAAGCACGAAUCUGUAAUCAAGUUGCUUGUGGAAAAUGGUGCUACACUUUCUUCGGGUGACACGGGUCAGUUCGCAUUCACCGCGGUUGAGCAAAACGACUUGGAGUUGCUGAAUAAAAUCGUUAGUUACGGAGGAGAUGUGACAAGACAAACAAGCAGCGGAACCACAGCUCUUCACGCAGCAAUAUCUGAAGGAAACAUCGACAUCGUUAAGUUCCUUCUAGACCAAGGAGCCGACAUCGAUUUGCCAGAUUCCAAUGGGUGGACGGCGAGGGCUUUGGCAGAUCAUCAAGGCCAUGACGAGAUCAAAACAUUAUUCCAAAACAGGAAAGAAGUAAUCAAGAGACCAAUUCCCACCAUUAGUCAAGCAUCCAAGCUAGGAGGUAGUAGCAGCAGCAGUACUGUUAUUGGAAAGAAGCGAAUUGCCAAGUACGGUAGUGAACCCAUGAUAGCUCCCUACGAUCCAUCGACAGAUUACUCGCCACGAGGCGUCAUGCCAUCUGUACCUGAAAGGACAUGGACCGAUGAUUCCAGCAGAAGAAGAAGAGUUAAUACUUUCAGGAAUUCACUUUUUGGGAUAAUGUCUGCAGCUAACACUGGUAAGUCAACUAUUGAAACUAACACUUUCUUUUUUUUGAAACUAGUAGUGAUAAGAACAUGUUAUGGUAAGAAUGGGUUCCUCAAUAUUUACAUAAGGUACCGGUGA